AUGCCUGUCGAAGUGGAUCACGCUGGUGAAAACAAUGAAAUUGGAGUUAAAAGGGAUAAUUAUAAAGCAGAGAAUAAAGAAUCAGCAGAAAAUAAAAGACUUAAAAGAUUCACUGAUAACGAUGCCCUAAACCAUGUCUGUGCGAUAUGGAUAAAGAAGGGAUUGAAGUUGAAAGAAGCGAAAGAUCUUCAGUGA